AUGAACGUCUCCGUGCUUGGCAGCCAGCUGAGAAACCCCGAGCCCCAGGAUGUGGCCGCCUUCACUCCCAUCUCUGUCGUUAGGAGCAUGACGAAGAAAUCUGACGCCCUGCCCAUGAUCUCAAUGAUCGUGGCCAUCUUUGUCCUUUUGGCCAUCUUCAUCAUCGUCGUGGUGCACUAUGGCCCUCAGCUCCGCACCAUCCAGAUCACCCUUUACCACGAGCCCAUGCCACAGGACUUGGACGACGGGGUGCACCUCACGGACUGGAAGAAGCUGGGCUCCCAGAAGAAGCUUCCUGCCCAGCCUGGCCAGUGGGAGCUGGGCGGUGUGGCCACAGCUGGCCUGAGCUGCCAGUGCUCCUGCAGGCACCACCUCCCCUGCAGGAGCGCCGAGCCCAACGUCAUCGAGAUCACCUACCUGUGA